AUGUCUUCAUUGAAACCACUUACCUCAAUUUUGAACCAAAACAAGUUAGAAGGACCAAAUUAUGUUGACUGGAAAAGGAACCUUGAUAUUGUCCUAACUGCUGAAGGUUACAAAUUUGUAGUCUCUGAGGAGUGCCCAGAAAAACCUGAAAAUGCUACGGAUGAUCAGCAUCAGUCCAUGGGGUCUGCUUAUGAUAUGCUCGAAAGUCUCAAAGAGAUGUUCGGUGAGCAAAAUCGUGCAGCUAUGCAGACAGCCAUGAAAGCCCUUUUGAACACAAAAUGGCUGAAGGAUCAUCUGUCAGGGACCAUGUUCUGA